AUAAAGUUUUACCUCGUUGCUUCGAAUCUGUCCAGUCAUACAUGUUCUAUUUUUCUGCGGUACUUAGGGGAUUUUUCCAAUUGUGAAUGAAAGGUAAGCGAAACAGGUACAUAGAUUGCAACUUUCCUCGACCUACGAGUUCGAGUUGUUUGUGAAAAUUGUUCAUCGGUGAACUUUCAGUCAUGAAACUAUUUUCACUCGGCACGACGGAAUAAUUGGAUUGGUUCCAUCGGUGUAAGCAGUAACCAACCGAUGUGGCUGUUGAUGGCUUUAGAAAAGUUGUAUUAAACUAUUCUAGCGUUGAUAUGUUGUUUAUUAUUGCGGUGAUCUCGCUCUUUAGCUUUGCUACCGACAAAGAUACGUCAGAAGGACCACAUGUGAAAAGUUGCAACGAUUUAAAAUUUUCAGUGAAAUGUGAUAAUUUAGGUAGCAGGCAGGUGUCAUCAAAAUAUGGAAACAAAAUAAGCAAUUUUCUUCCGGAAAAUUACAAAUGGCCCAACGCAACAGUAUAUUACGAUUUUGAUGGUGUUUUUUCUCACCAAGAGUUACACUUUAUUAAGCAAGCAAUGGAUCAAAUUUCAGCGAAUUCUUGCGUUCUAUUUCUGAAGAAAACAAAUCAAGCCCAUCACAUAGAAAUUACAUCAGAAGACAGCGGGUGCUGGGCAGACACAGGCUAUCAGUCUCAAAAGACGCAAGUAAACUUUGGACCGACUUGUUUAGCAUCCCUUGCUACACCGCUCCACGAGCUGAUGCAUACCUUAGGUUUCCUGCACCAACACACGCGCCCCGAUCGGGAUCAAUACAUCGAGAUCUUGUAUGAAAAUGUCAUUCAGAGGCCUGAGAUCCUGUUCAAUUUCGAAAUAAUUGAACCGUGGACAGAAUUAUUGUUCCCAUUGCCGUACGACUAUGACAGCAUCAUGCACUACAAUGCGACGAUGUUCAGCAGGGAUCCGGAGAAACUACAAACCAUCGUGCCUAGAGAACCCAAAAUAAAACCGAUAGGACAACGUGAUCAUCUUAGUGCGUUUGAUAUUAUCGCAAUAAACCUUCUUUACUGUCUUUGA